AAGACAGUUUGUUUACAUUCGACGACGCGUCCUUUUCAGUUACGGAACACCGCACAGCUCGCAUUAUUUACAUUCAAUUUUCUUCAAUUAAAAAUUAAAUAACGGUUAGUGUUGUAUAAAAGUUUUGUAUUAUUUCCGAGAAGCCUUCCGGUCGGCACGAUGCUAUCCUUUCGGCAGCUGUUGUGCUUCAUCCUUUCGCUGCUGUCGUUCCUCUCAGUGUUCUAUUCGGUCGGUAAGCUCGGGGUCUUUCUAGCCACGCCCAUUCUCCGGCAGCGCGAUUUCCGGCAUGUCCUGUUGAGCUCUCUUCUCGAUGAUCGAAGUUUGCUGAAAGCGACUUUAUUUUCGCUGUGUUUCAAUUCGGUGUGGAUAGUUUUGUUUGUCAUCCAGCAUAGUGCCAUGAAGGCCGAAGUUGUUAAGCGGUUCUGGCGGAAGCUGGGAUUGGAAAUUGCCGAACGGAGUGUGUAUAAUAUUGCAUCGUCCUAUUGCUUACUGAUUCUGCUGAAGAACUGGAAAACAACGCAGUCAUAUCAACUGUGGUACGUAGAAGUGGAGUCAAGUCCUGUGCUCUGGUGGACAUUUGUAUCAGCUCAUAUCGUUUCCUGGAUUGUCAUCUAUGGGGGCAGUUUGCUGAUGGAUCUGCCCGAGCUGAUUGGGCUGAAACAGAUUUACUACGACGUGAAUGAUUUAGCUCCACCAAUGAGCUACAAGUCACGGGAGCUCCGUAGUUUCUACGGGAGACUUAGGCAUCCUUCUUUCGUUGGACUAUCCGUGGUAUUGUGGAUCACCAAUUCGAUGAGUUUGGACCGCCUCGUAUUGGCAGUUAUCUGGAGCAUCUAUAUGUACCUAUCUUGGAAUACCAAUAAGACUGAUUUGGAGUAUCAGAAAUACCAACUCAAUCGCAAGAAGGUUGAAUUAACACACGUACAAGAGUGAAGUACACCUUCUCGAGAUAUUGUGUCCAAACAUUUAAUUUAUUAGAUUUACGAGCUAGUUUGUCACGCUUUUGACUAACAUACAUAAGACUUUUGACUAAACCAAAUGCUAUUUUCGUGUAAUUAACAAACUAUUAAUUUUAUUCAUGAUUUACAUUUACUUAACUUCUAAACACAA